GCCGACCACAGCUUCGCCAACUUGGCUAACGCCUGUUGCGGAAUUUCUCCAUCGCAGCCUCUUGGCACGGAGAAUCCUGAAACCACCAGUCCUGGUCUCCAGCACAGACAGCGCUAAACGAUCCGGAUUUGUCGGCUGUCAGGAAGCUGGCAGCGAGACUUAAGAUGCGGUGUCGACGCCAAACCUGUUCGUGUCUUUAGCAACCCAGUCUUUCUUUACUGUCUUUUCACUCUUUAGUCGUUCAUUCAUUCAUUCAUUCACCAUGCAGCGCAGCGCGCUUCUUCUGGCCUUGGCGCCUCUGGUCCUGGGCUGUGACAGCCCCGAGGGCCAUGCGUGUGCCUCCAUCUACUCUGUUUCCUCUGUCGCUGCGGCCAGUUUCUGUGCGACAUUCACGGCCAGCGCAGUGACCGAGACGACGGCUGUGCCUGACGUCUUCCUGUCCGCGUGCGACUCCAAGAUCAAGCACCUGUCCAGCGCCUGCAGCUGUCUGGGCCCUGUCACCGGUGCUGCCGCGGCCACCUCCAGCGUGAGCACCGCCGCCCCCGUGGUUGCCACCUCCACUGCGACCCCGACCACCCUGCAGACCUCCUCCAAGGCCGCCUCGACCAGCCAGGCCGCCUCCACCACGCUGGCCCCCGUCACUACCGAAGUCGCCGUCGCCACUACAGCCGUCGGCAACGGCGGCACCACCUGCACGGUGACCGAGUACGCCUCGAUCUCGUCAGCGGUGGCCUCGUGCUCCAACAUCCUGCUGUCGGGCGUCAGCGCCCCGGCGUCCAGCACGAUCGACCUGACCGGUCUGCAGACCGGUGCUGCCGUGAUCUUUGCUGGUGAAACCACCUUCGGCGACACCUACGACUCGGACUUCGACCCCAUUGUGAUUUCCGGUACCGACCUGACCAUCACCGGGGCCGAGGGCCACAUCAUCGACGGUAACGGUGAAGCCUACUGGGACGGCGAGGGCUCCAACGGUGGUCAAGACAAACCGGACCACUUCAUCGUCCUCAAGAAGAUCUACAACAGCACGAUCAGCAACCUCUACAUCCAGAACUGGCCGGUGCACUGCUUCGACAUCGAAUCCAGCGAGGGGCUGACGCUGACGGGGAUCACGCUCAACAACACCGCCGGCGACGCGCCGAACAGCCUGAGCGGCGACGACCCGGCGGCGCACAACAGCGACGGGUUCGACAUCAAGGAGAGCACCGACCUGACCCUCACCGACAGCUGGGUGCACAACCAGGACGACUGCGUGGCCGUCACCUCGGGCACCAACAUCCUCGUCGACAACCUGUACUGCUACGGCGGACACGGGCUGAGCAUCGGCUCGAUCGGCGGCAAGAGCGACAACACCGUCGACGGGGUCACCUUCAGCAACUCGCAGGUCGUCAACUCGGAGAACGGAUGUCGCAUCAAGACGAACUCCGGCGAGACGGGCGCCGUGUACAAUAUCCGCUACGAGAACAUCACCCUCAGUGGCAUCUCCGACUACGGGAUUGAUGUCCAGCAGGACUACCUCAAUGGCGGGCCCACCGGGGACCCUACCAAUGGGGUGAUGAUUGAGAAUGUCACCUUCGUCGACGUCACGGGCACCAUGACCGAUGGCCAGGAUUACUACAUUCUCUGCGGGGAUGGCAGCUGUGAGAACUUUGUCUUCGAGGGCGUCAGCAUCACCGGCGGUAGUGGCGAUAGCUGCAACUAUCCUGACAGUGGCUGUCCCUGAUGGGUUCUUUCUGAGAAGUGAUGGUCAGGGGGCGGGGAUGAAGAAAAAAAGAGAUGGAGGUGUUGGGUCACUUCUAU